AUGGGGAGCAUAGGCAUUGACUCGCAGCAGCAUCACAGAUAUCGUAUAGGAGUGGACGUGGGAGGAACCAACACCGACGCUGUGCUCAUCUCUCUCUCGCCGACUCAGAUCAUUGCAUCGCAUAAGGCGCCAACGACGCCGGAUGUGACGACGGGCAUCACUGAAGCAGUCCACGCUGUCAUUCAGGCGAGCAAUGUGCCUCUGGACGCCAUCAGCUGCGUCAUCAUCGGGACGACGCAUUUUGUGAAUGCUGUGGUGCAGCGGUCUUCGUCCCUGCAGCGCGUCGGCGUGGUUCGACUCUGCGGAGGAAGCGAGCAUGGCUUCGGACUGGGUGUGCCGCCCUUUGUCGACUUCCCCAAGGACCUCCGCCGUUUGAUCGCGACGCAGCCUUUCUUCUGCCAUGGCGGGCAUCAGAUCUCGGGCGCGGAAAUCUCCCCAGUUGAUGAGGCCGAGCUGACGACGGUUGCAGAGGAGCUGGUCAAGAACGGCAUCUUCAACGUUGUGGUCUCAGGAAUCUAUUCACCACCAAACUCGGCACAUGAGAUCAAAGCCGGGCAAAUUCUUCUGGAGAAGAUGCAUGAAUUGUCCGCCGCUUCAGGUCUCAUGAUCCGGCCUCGCGUGACCCCGUCCCACCAAAUAUCGUCUCUCGGUUUCCUCGCGCGAGAAAAUGCAGCCAUUCUGAAUGCCGCAUUGAGACCGCUGGCUGAGAAGACCAUCCUGGGGUUCCAGAAGGCUAUGCUGGAAAUCUUCCAAGGGUCGCCAUGUGCAUUGUACCUGACGCAGAACGAUGGAAGCGUCCUGAAUGCGCCGGAUGCCAUUGACCUCCCCAUUCGAACAUUCAACUCCGGCCCAACCAAUUCAAUUCGCGGCGGCGAGUUCCUCUGGACCACAGCAAGUACGGAAGCAGGUGAAUCCCAGGGGGUGCGCCAGGACCCCCUCGUAGUGAUUGAUAUCGGAGGAACAACCUCGGAUAGCGGCUUACUGCUACCCAACGGACUCCCUAGGAUGAGCUCGCUGAUGAGCCUUGUGGGAGGCGUGCGGACGAACUUUGCACUGCCCGCCGUGGAGAGUGUCGGUCUCGGCGGUGGAAGCAUCGUCAGAACUUCCGGAGACAAUCUAACAGUCGGACCAGACAGUGUUGCGUUGGAGCUGCCACAGAAAGCUCGUCUUUUCGGAGGGGAUGUCUUGACAGCUACUGACAUCGUGGCCGCGUCCGAAUUACACUCUCCCUCUGGAGAUAAUCCCCUCGAAGGAUUAGGAAAUCCCGCCCAACUGAGAGAUGUCGCACCGCAAAUUGUGACGAGAGCCAAGAAGGAGAUGCGACGGAUCGUCGAAGAGUUGGUCGACCGAACAAAGGUCCAGAAAGGGGAUGUGGAUGUUUUGAUCGUCGGAGGAGGCGCCAUCCUGAUUGACACAGACGAGCCGCUUUCCGGGGUUCGUGCCGUGAGAAAAGUGAAGGGCGGCGAAGUCGCCAACGCGGUCGGCGCGGCCAUUUCGAGGGUAUCUGGCAUUGUGGACACUGUUGUGGACACAGCCCACCAGACGCUGAAGGCGGCCCAAGAAAUGGUCUCGCGACUGGCCGUCGAUGCCGCUGUGUCAAACGGAGCCAGGCGGGAGACGGUUGAGAUUGCCGAAGUGACCAUUCUUCCCAUCCAGUACGUCGAUGCAAAGGCGCGAAUACUCGUCAGAGCAGUCGGUGUGUUGGAUGCCGUCAAGCACGCGAAACAAGGAGCAUCUCUUCAAGCCGCCCUGCCAGAAGUGCCUGAGCAGCAUUCUGGCGCGACAAUGAGUGCUGCACGUGAUGCAGAAGAGGAGACCGAGGUCAUCGACCUCGAAAACUACCAACCCAAGAUCGAGAACGGGAUAUGGAUAAUAUCCAUGACGGAUCUCGAGUGGAUUUCGAGCGGCUGCAAGAUUCUAGGCUGUGGCGGUGGCGGAGAUCCAUACCAGCAGUUCCUCAAGAUCAAGUCCGUCCUGACAAAAUCUCCUGGGACCAUAAAAGUUGUGUCGCCCAACAAUCUGCUUGAAAACGCCACGAUCGGAUGGACUGGAUGCAUGGGGAGUCCAGAAGUCAGCCUGGAGCGAAUGGAGGCCGACGAGUGCAACAAGGCCCACGACGAACUGACGCGAUUCCUGGGGUUGGCGCCCGUGGACGGAUUUAUGGCUGUCGAGAUCGGUGGCGGAAACGGCCUCGUCAAUCUCGAAGUCGCCGCCGCACACCAAGUGCCUUGCAUCGACGCCGAUUUGAUGGGCAGGGCGUAUCCGACCUUCUGGCAAACCACCGUCAACGUCUACGGCACCUCCAAGGGGGAGGCGCUUGUGCCCGCGACCAUUGCGAGCGGGGAUGGAUCCUUUAUGACCAUGACAGCCAGUCGGACGGACAGGCUGGUAGACAGUGCAUUACGGGCGGCGGUCGUGGAGAUGGGAUGCCGGGCCGGGAAAGCCGGGCCACCCAAGUCCGCCAAAGUCGUUCAAGAGCAGGCCAUCCUUCAUACGGUGUCUUUGGCAUGGUGGAUAGGGAGGGCGGUUGCCUUGGAGAAAGACGUGAGCGACCGGGCAAAGCGCAUCAUCGAUGCCGUCGGUGGGUCCGCCAGUGCAAAGAUCCUGGCCGAGGGCAAGAUCACCAGCGUCGAGCGCGUUCUCAAGACGGGACAUUCCUACGGCGUCGUGGAGAUUGACGGCGUGUUGAGCAGCAGCGGGCUCAAGGCGACGGUCAGGAUCCCAUUCAAGAACGAGAACGCCUUCGUCGAGGCAACCACGACCAGCGACGGCAAGACAUUCAUCUUGGCUUCAGUGCCGGAUCUCAUCGCCGUGCUCGACUUAGAGACUGGCGCGGGCUUGGGCACACCGGAGUACAAGUACGGGUUGAAGGUGACGAUCAUCGCGAUCGCGGCGUCUCCUCGAUGGACAGAUACUCCUCGGGGACUGGAACUGGGCGGGCCGGGCUCGAUGGGAUUUGAUCAGGUCGAGUAUGUGCCAAUCGGCAAGUACACUAAGCCCCGGAGCGUUCUUGAAACGUUUUCAAAGCGUUAG